GAAAAACCUUAGACUAUUUUAAUUAUUGUAAAUAAUACUUUAGAAAAUAAGUAAUAACAAUUUAACAAGUUAAUUAUUAUUCUGUGUUAUAUACAAUUAACAGUGUAAAUGGUAUAUUAUCGAGUUUCAAAUCUUUCAAUUGUAUAACCAUUGGAUAAAAAUAUGUAUGCAAUUUCUAUGUGCACUUGAAGGUUAGAUUUUUCAGUGUAAUUAUUGUCACGCUGAUAAUAUAAGAUGACAUUUAUAUUAAGAUCCUUAACUUUAAAGGGUACAUUAAAAAAUACAUUUUUACCAAUUACAUGUUUCAAUAAAAUAACAAAUUCAUUGGUACAUACAUCGAAAUGGUUACUACAUGGAGAAUAUGAAAUGCAAGAUCCAAAAUCAGAAGCCGAUGUAGUAAAUAUUACAUUUGUGGACAAAACAGGGAAGAAAAUACCGGUGAGAGGUAAAGUAGGAGAUAAUGUACUUUAUUUAGCACACAGAUAUGGAAUAGAAAUGGAAGGAGCGUGUGAAGCUUCUCUUGCUUGUACUACAUGUCAUGUGUAUGUAGAUCAUGAUUAUUUAAAUAAACUUUCACAAGCAGAGGAGCAAGAAGAGGAUCUAUUAGAUUUAGCACCUUUUUUAAAAGAAAAUUCUAGAUUAGGUUGUCAAAUAACAUUAACAAAAGAAUUAGAUGGUAUUGUAGUAGAAUUACCUAAAGCGACUAGAAACUUUUAUGUCGAUGGUCAUACUCCAACGUCACAUUAAAAUAGAUUUUAUAUAUAGAUAUUUAUAAUUAAAUAGUUUAUAUAUCUUAACAAAUGCAUCUGCUGAAAAAUAUUUAUAAAUUGUAUAAAGAAUAGAGUUAUAUUAUUUAAAUAAAUAUAUUCAAUCUCGUAAAUUAAUACGUUACAAUAAUGUAUUUAAUAUUCUUGUAUGUAAAAUGGUUUAUAUUUAUCUAAUGUUUCAUUGUGGUACAAUAUAUUUUAUUUUUCAUACAGUUGGAUUAUGAUACAUAUUUUUUUAAUUACAAUGAUACAAGAUUUAAACAUUUAUGAUACAAUGAAUUUGUGAAUUAAAAUCUUACUCGUUGAUCUUGCAGCAUUUACAUUGUGAGUGAGAGUCUUAUAGGACAAGUUUUUACAAUCUAAUCUCACAUCACUUGAGUGCUGCCAUAAACGUUUAACACUUGUUUUAUUUUUGGCAGGCACUUUUGCGAAUUAUCCCAGUUUGAUAAUUUUUAUAAUAGCUUUGUGUGUAUUUAUAUGUGCAUAUUCAUUUAAAUUUAUUUAUUUGUGUAAAUUUUUGCACAUAUCACUUUUGCCCACACAAACACACGCAUACAUCACAUAUGAGCGCGUUUAUAUAUUCAUACAUUCGUAUAUUCUUCUAUUUGUAUCAAUGAUUAUUAUCACCAAUUAUUAUCAUCCUUGUACAAAUUAUAUUAUUUAUAUUUUCUCUUGAUUAAUUGAUUACUAUGACCAUAGAUAUUUUUAAAAUAUGCUUCAAUUACAUUAAACACUCAUACUAAAUCGUUGAGAAAAUUUAAACAAGAUUCAAGCACACUUCAUUCAUCAAUCUGUAAAAACCGUAAUACACAUAUUUCUCAUUUGGUGUAGAUCAUCACAACAAACUUACAGAAAAA